AUGUCUGCUGCAGGAAUUGUGCUGGUGAAGAGCAUCUCUGGCCCUUCCUCCCGACUGAUCUCCCACGACUGCCUUUUCCAACGAUCUCUCUUUGCUCUGGGUUGCAGGGACCUCGUGGUGGACAUGGGCAGAGCGCCGACAAACGCCCUGGUGCUGUCCAUGGUGCUGGGCUGUUCAGCUGUCCUCAUGGAUUCUUUGCUGCCAAGUUCAGGGGAACCCGUGGUGAAUGUGGCGGUGGUUUUUGGAGGCUCCUCAUACCCUCUGCACAUCCGCAGCCGGCUGACACACCAAAGCUUCCUGGACAUGCCUCUGGAGAUCCACCCCAUCACUGUGGUAGUGAACGACACCAACCCCAGCACUCUCCUGACCCAGAUAUGCGACAUGCUGGCCAGCACCAAGAUCCACGGGAUCGUCUUUGAGGACAACAUCGGCACAGAAGCCGUAGCACAGAUCCUUGACUUCAUCUCGUCCCAGACUCAUGUACCUAUCAUUAGUAUCAGUGGAGGAUCUGCUGUGGUUCUGACACCCAAGGAGCCUGGCUCUGCUUUUCUACAGCUGGGUGUCUCCAUUGAACAGCAGAUCCAGGUGAUCUUCAAGGUCUUGGAGGAAUACGAUUGGAGCUCCUUUGCUGUCAUCACCAGCCUAUAUCCAGGAUACAGCAUCUUCCUAGAUGUGAUACGGUCCUUCACAGAUGCCAGCUACUUUGGCUGGGAGAUCCAGGAUGUCCUGACCUUUGAGAUGAGCCAGGAUGGGAGCAACACCAAAAUACAACGGCUGCUGCGCCAGGUAGAUGCACAAGUGAUGCUUGUGUAUUGCUCCCGCGAGGAGGCCGAGUACCUCUUCCAAAUGGCAGAGCAGGCUGGCUUGAUCGGACCUGGCUACGUCUGGAUUGUGCCCAGUCUGACCGUGGGCAACAUGGAUGUCCCACCCCUCUCUUUCCCCAUUGGCCUCAUCAGUGUGGUCACAGAGAGCUGGAAAAUGAGCCUGAGGCAAAAGGUCCGGGACGGCGUGGCGAUCAUCGCUCUGGGAGCAGAGAGCUAUUUCAAGACCCAUGGCUUCCUCCCCAGGGGGGGCAGAGACUGCAGCAACAAGAACCCUUCUCGUUUGCCCACAAACAACACUUUCUACAGGCAUUUGCUCAAUGUGACCUGGGAACACAGGGAUUUCUCCUUCAACGAAGGCGGCUACUUGGUGAGGCCCACCAUGGUGGUGAUUUCACUGAACCGACACAGGCUCUGGGAAAUGGUGGGGAAAUGGGAAAGGGGGAUCAUCCACAUGAAGUAUCCAGUGUGGCCACGCUAUGGAUCCUUCCUGCAGCCAAUGGCCGACAAUCGGCACCUCACAGUCGCCACCCUGGAGGAAAGGCCCUUUGUGAUUGUGGAGAAGACAGACCCGAGCACAGGCGUGUGUGUCCGCAACACUGUCCCCUGCCGGAAGCAGACCAACACCACCGGAAGUGGGGAUGAACCCAUGGACCCCUAUACCAAGCUCUGCUGCAAAGGCUUUUGCAUUGAUAUCCUCAAGAAGCUGGCCAAGACAGUGAAGUUCUCCUACGAUCUCUACCUGGUGACAAAUGGGAAACAUGGGAAAAUAGUAGAUGGUUUCUGGAAUGGCAUGAUUGGUGAGGUGUAUUACAAACGAGCAGACAUGGCCAUUGGGUCCCUCACCAUCAAUGAGGAGCGCUCGCAAAUUGUAGACUUCUCCGUGCCCUUUGUGGAGACUGGGAUCAGUGUCAUGGUAGCCAGAAGCAAUGGGACCGUCUCACCUUCUGCUUUUCUAGAACCCUACAGUCCGGCCGUGUGGGUGAUGAUGUUUGUGAUGUGUCUUACUGUCGUUGCUAUCACAGUCUUCAUGUUUGAAUAUUUCAGCCCUGUUGGCUACAACCAGAAUUUAACCAGUGGCAAAAAGUCUGGGGGACCUUCCUUCACAAUCGGCAAGUCGGUCUGGCUGCUGUGGGCUCUGGUGUUUAACAAUUCCGUGCCCAUCGAAAACCCCAAAGGAACGACCAGCAAGAUCAUGGUGCUCAUCUGGGCCUUCUUCGCUGUCAUCUUCCUGGCCAGCUACACGGCCAACCUGGCAGCAUUCAUGAUCCAGGAGCAGUACAUUGACACUGUUUCUGGGCUCAGCGAUAAGAAGUUCCAGAAGCCACAGGAGCAGUAUCCCCCAUUCCGGUUUGGAACGGUCCCCAAUGGCAGCACAGAGCGGAACAUUCGGAGCAACUACCAUGAUAUGCACUCCCACAUGGUAAAAUACAACCAGCGCUCCGUGGAGGAUGCCCUCGUCAGCCUCAAAAUGGGAAAGCUGGAUGCUUUCAUCUAUGACGCUGCAGUGCUCAAUUACAUGGCAGGCAAGGAUGAAGGUUGCAAGCUGGUGACCAUUGGCAGUGGAAAAGUCUUUGCCACCACUGGCUACGGCAUUGCCCUCCAGAAGGACUCCAAGUGGAAGAGAGCCAUUGAUCUAGCUCUGCUGCAGUUCCUGGGAGACGGUGAAACCCAGAAACUGGAAACAGUGUGGUUGUCUGGCAUCUGCCAAAAUGAAAAGAACGAGGUGAUGAGCAGCAAGCUAGACAUUGACAACAUGGCGGGAGUAUUCUACAUGCUGCUCGUGGCCAUGGGACUGAGCCUGCUGGUCUUCGCCUGGGAACAUCUGGUGUACUGGAAGCUGCGGCAUUCAGUCCCCAAGUCACACAAGCUUGAUUUCCUUCUGGCUAUAAGCAGGGGCAUUUAUAGCUGCUUUAACGGAGUUCAGAAUCUGGAGAGUCCUGCCCGCAUUCACAAACCUGAUGUCACUGCUAACUCUGCUCAAGCCAAUGUGCUGAAGAUGCUGCAGGCAGCCAAGAACAUGGUGUCCACAGCCAGUGUGGGGAACUCGCUGGAGAAUGCGACCCGCACCAUUGAGAACUGGUCUAACAGGAGGCUGGCCCAAGACAUGUUGCAGCCUGCUGUGAAGGACAAGAUGGUGCUGCGUGAAUCCCAUGUGAACAAGCCAGUCAAGCCAACCGCAGGAACUUAG